CCUUUAACAUACAUGAAGCAUGAAUCUAUUUAAGUUGAUAUUUUUCUUAUCUUGUCCAAAUAUCUUGUAAAUCAGUUUUCUUCCACAAAGGGAGACAACAAAUGCCAGAUUUGAAAUAAGUGCUCAACACAGUUAUCUUAAGAUUGAAAGAGAAAGAGGAAGUUAAAAAUAAAUCCAGAAAACCCAAUACUUUAAUUGUUGAAAAUUCUGAAAUACUUUGUUUUUCUUGAGAAUAUUGAAAAUCUAGUGACCUCUGCUGUAGAUAAAAACAAAAAGAAUGUAUCGAGUACCAAAUUACACCGAGACUGUGUCAAUGAAGCUAUCAGAGGUUCUUUCUGAUAUAGGUGUUGAUGAGAGAAUAGUGAUGAAAAGGAGAAGAUCACGACUUCUGAUGGAAUCAAAAACAAAUAUAAAUAUCCAAGCACUUGAUGGAGAUGGUUUUGUAUAUGUUUUUGGGAGUCAAUCAGAAGGAACAACAACAAUAGGUAUUGGAAGCAUUACGCUGGAGAGACUUGAUGGUAACAAAAGUGUUGACCUUGAUAACACAGAUGAAAUGAUAGAAGAUAAAUCAGAGCAAAAAUUGAAGUCCAAGAAGAAAGCCAAAGUUGUCAAAUUUUAGAUAUAUUUUGGCAUAUUAUACAUAAUAUUACAAUGGAAAAAAUAAAUAAUAUAU